CGACAAAAUAUUUUUUGAGAAACAAGUACAGUUUGGCAAUGCUGCGUGAAGUGCAAUAGCAACUUUGACAGUUGGAGUAUUUCACGUGUGAAGUGCAAUAGGCGCGACCAAAUGAAAAACAGUUUAUUUCUUGUUAGGAAGAAAAGAAAAAUGGGUGUCAUUACUUCAUUGGACGAGUCCGAUCAAGAGCAACCAACAGAAGAGGAAGAAGUUUUAAGUGACACAGAUGAAGAUGAGACCAACACCAAUGAUACCGAGGAGGUAAUUAGAGCCAGAGCUGAAUACGAGAAAUCGAAAGAGAAUCUUGCUAAGAUUAAGCGGUUAUAUGAAUUAGCUGUGAGUCGCCUCGAAGAGAUCGAGAAUGGAGUGCUGUCUGCCUAUGUAGCUACUCCAGAGGAAGUUGAACUUGAUAGGUGGUUCGAGGUGACGAAUAGGAUGGAAAACGUCUAAACAAACGGACCAAUCGUGAACGCCAAGAAUUUGUUCUUCGUCUUCACCCUCCUUUUCCUGCUACAUUUCCUUAUACUUAUACCUCGUCCUAUUAUUGUCGUCACACACCUUUAUACUUCACCCCUCAUACCUCUCACCCCAUACUAUAUGGGCUAACUAAAAAAUGUGUUAUAACGUGUGAAGCUAUAAUUGUGUUGUAUAAUGUUUUGAUCGUUUAACAUGGCAUUAAUGGAAACUUG